UGCUCUGCCACUGAAAACAUUUCUGCCUCAACUUGUAUUAUCUGCGCGGUGGGUUGUGGGUGUGUGAGCGUCGAAGUAAAAUGGCGGACUUGGCAAACGAAGACAAGCCUGCCCUAGCGCCUGCUGUGUUUGUUUUCCAAAAAGAUAAAGCACAGAAGAGAUCUGCAGAGGGCUCAAGUGCAGAGGAUGGAGAAGAUUCAGAUAAAGACGAGGGAAGCUAUUGCCCCCCUGUGAAAAGGGAACGGACCUCAUCGUUCCCACCCCCACAUUCUGUUCCCAAGAACAAUGUAUUCAUGCCCCCAAGUUUCUGCCAGUCUCCAACUGGGAACUCUGACUCUGAGCCAGAGGAGAAGCCCGUUGGAUUCCGCUUAAAGCCGCCAACCCUCAUACACGGACAGGCCCCGAGUUCAGGCGUCCCAAGUCAGAAACCCAAGGAGCAGCAACGCAGUGUCCUCCGCCCUGCAGUUCUCCAGGCGCCGCCCUCUAAAUCACAUAUAGAGUCCAAUUCCAGUUGUGGAACCAACGGUGUGAAAAAGUCACCAGAUGGGGCCCCUGGCUCCCAGUCCCUCUUCCUGAACAACACGGAGCACACUUUGACCAAAUCACAGGUGAGGAGUAGCUUGGUAUUAAUCAACUAAUGCCAUUCAGUCAGU